AAUAUUGCCACUUAAAGCAAUAAAUAACCGGUAACUUUAUUUCCUUGAGCACGCUGUUAUUCUUCAGAAUUUCAGUCAGUUGAACGAUUUGUGUUUUGAAUUUGGUUGAUAAGUAUUACAUCUUCUUUCAUGUUUAUUCUCGGAUUGGCAUCAUGUUGUAGAAAUCUUUGGAAGCAUAGAACAUGCUAUGUUCAUGGCUGCUUAAGAGAAGUGUCCCAUCAUUCCAUAUAUGUCAACACACAUUGUAUAAGUUUCUACAGCACACGUAACAAGCGUUUUACAAUAUCAUGGCGGAGAAUGGAAAGAGGACGAGCAUAUUUAUGUGUAAAGCUAUGUUAGUCUUCACUGUCGGGACAUUUCUUCUUCGGUUCAUUUUCUCAUCUGUUUACUUCAAGCAAAUUGGUCUGUGUCCAUCGUACUCGGGGAUUAUUCUAGGUGCUUCCCGUUUUGCUCAAGGCAUUGGUGGGCUCURGUUUGGUUAUCUAGCUGACAAGGRAGAUAUAAGGAACUUUAUUCUAUUAUUUACCUACCUGGCGUAUGCCAUUACACCAUAUCUACUCACUCUUCCACAACCUAUGAACAGAUGCACUGUGAAGCCACUGGUUAAAAAUAAGAAAAGAAGCUUUGAUAGAUUCAGUUUAAUUCAAAUACAAGAAGUAAAUAGCACUAUAGCAAAUCCUUCUGGACUGGUUGACUUAAAAACGAAGCAGRACUCUACUGAGGAUCAAAAAAGGCCAACUUUUAGAGACAUGAAACGCCACCAUGGAAGUAGCAAGAAAGUGCGCAGUGAAAUGGUUGCUCUUCACUCAAAGCCCACCUCAAACAGUAAGUUUCGCAGAAAUAUUGAGAACUCCUCACGCCWAAKUUUACAACACAACAAUUACAACGUUCAAGCWGCAGAUUUGGAAAUAGCAAAAAUCAAUAAUGGUGACAAUAUUAUUUCAAAGAAAAGGUCAUUUAGUAAUUUCACUGGUGACACUGGGAAAGAUUUCCCUCGGUUCGAUAGCAGAAACGUCGCUUCCUCGAAACUACCAGAAACUUACAGCGAACGGACACUCUUUUACUUAUUGCUAGGRAUUGUCAUCACAGGGGACUUUCUGGGAGGCGCUACWAUAAAUUUUUUCGACACCRUYGUCGUUUCAACAGUUGAUGACAAGAAGGAAUAUGGUAAAAUUCGCAUGUGGGGUAACAUUGGUCAAGCAGUUACCAUCCCUUUAACUGCAAUAAUCACAUAUUUCAAACAGGUUGAAAUUUGCGGMGUUUCUCAAAGRGACUACAAAGUUUCUCUGUACAUUACAUCGAUAAUCUCAGGAGUMGGGUGGAUUGUUGCAUUGUUCAAAGUCCGUAUGCCCUCGUCGAAAGUCGAUGCCGACGAUGACCAUGAGGAAGAUGACUACACAGCUGUCUCCGUUGCAGAACUUAUCGCACCAAUCGGGACUUGGAGCAUUCUCGUGAUGGUAAUUUUCUUCGGUAUMUUUUCAAGCUCACUGUCUGGAUUCCUCUUCUGGACAAUGGUAGACCUGAAUCCAUCUCAAGCAAACCUGUCAAUAGCUGUUGCCAAUUUUUGCAGAAAUCUCGCGGCACUUUUUAUCUAUUUCUUUGCCCCAACGAUUCUACAUGGAAUUGGCUACAGAAAUGCACUGAGUUUCUCCUGUUUGGGAUUUGCUGCUAGUUAUGUUACAGCAUCUAUGAUGUUUACUCCAUGGCUUGGUGUUAUAGUAGAAAUUCUUGCAAGCAUAGCAUAUGCUAUGUCCCAGGCUGCUUGUAUAUCUUAUUUUGGAGAYGUCGCGCACCAUUCCAUAGCAGUAACAGCACAAGGGCUGCUUCGUCUCCUGUACACUGGUGUGGGUUCAGCCAUAGGACCAGCAUUUUCGGGAUUUCUAAUCGAUAUCACCAGUCCAACUUCCACUUUUCUCAUCUUUUCUGGUAUGAGCAUCGUGGUCAUGUUAUUUUCAAUUGCAGUGCAAUGGAUUAUAAAYAUACGUGAKAMUCGGUACCAAAAGCUUCCCAUGGACGAAGAGAAGAUUAGUAAUAAAUAACA